AUGCCAAGGGGAAACCAGAGCCACAUGACUGAAUUCUUCUUUCUGGGACUGACCAGUGACCCCGAACAGCAGGUGUGGCUCUUUGCCAGCUUCCUGGCCAUGUAUGUGGUCAGUGUGACUGGCAACUCAGUCGUCAUUGCUGCUAUCUGGGGGGAUGCCCCCACACACACUCCCAUGUACUUCUUCCUCUCCAACCUGUCUUUGGACAUCUGCUUUACAAAUGUCAUUGUGCCUCAAAUGCUGGAAAACAUGCUGAACAAGAGUGCCCCCUUUGCCCAGUGCCUCACCCAGAUGUAUUUUUUCAUGACCUGUGCUAUCACUGACAGCUUCCUCCUGGCCGCCAUGGCCAUUGACCAUUGUGUGGCCAUCUGUGACCCACUGCAUUACACCACGACCAUGAACCCCAGGCGCUGUCUCCUGCUGCUGAUAGCAUCCUGGGUGGUGUCCCACCUCUACUCGUUCACCCACAUGAUUCUCAUGGCCCGCCUCUCCUUCUGUGGGCCCAACAUCAUCCGCCACUUCUUUUGUGAUGUCCAGCCACUGCUAAAGCUCUCCUGCUCUCGCACCUCCAUCAAUGAGCUUUUGGCCUUCACAGAAGGCUCCUUUGUGGUCACAAGUCCCUUUGUCUUCAUUAUUGUCUCUUACGUCUGUAUCAACCAUGCUAUUCUGAGGGUCCCUUCUGGGGAAGUCAGGUACAAAGUCUUCUCCACUUGUGGAUCUCACCUCACUACUGGGACACUAUUCUAUGGGACCAUCACAUCCGUGUACAUUUGCCCCUCGUCCACAUACUCAGUGACAAAGGAUUGUGUGGUCACUGUCAUCUGUACCCCCAUGAUGAACCCUUUUAUCUAUAGCCUUAGGAAUAAUGAUAUGAAACAAGAGGGAGGAAUAGCAUAA